AUGGAAGAAAAUGAACUCCUCGUUCGCCGGCGAUACCCCUCUCAGCAAGCGGAGCGGGACCGGGAGCUCACGUUCCGGCCGCGCCUGGCGACCACGAAAUACUGGGCGGCGGCCACCGCCCGAAGGCGUCGCCGCAGUAGGGCCGACGAUUUCGGGCUGGCGACAGAGCGGGGUAGAGAUGGGGCUGGGGCGGCGGCGGAAGACGCAAGGGCCGGCGGCGGCGUGGAAGGGGUACCAGCACGGUUCGAGAUGCUCUACGAAGAUAGCAAGGCGCAGCUCCUCCGGUCGCAAGAGGACAGGGUCAAGAUCCCCGCGGCGUGUACUUUUCGGCCCCAGCUCAUUUCAUACCGGCCGACCUCACGGGGACGGGGCCGACACGUCGCGAGGAAGGCAACGGCAGCGGCAGCAGCAGCGAGCCCCGAAGACGCUGACAUGGGGCGAGAGACGUACGUGUUCGAUGAUUCAGGGGAGCUCUUUGAUGAGAGCGUCAACGACCCCCACGCACGCAACGAAAGAGGUGACAGCGACGGGCUUGACAACGGCAACGACGACGACAGCCAAGCUUGGGUGAACAGCCUCGUUUUCGGCGACAAUGACGAAGAUGACGGUCACGUCGACAACAGCAGGUCAAGCGGCGCCAACGAUAACGGCGACAACAACAGCAACAACACGAAACGCACAGAAGAGGGACGGGGGCAGGAGCAACACGGAGACCGCCCGCGCCGCUUCGACCGCCACGGCAGCCGCCUCCGAACACCCAGAGCCGGCCUGCGAGGGGAGAACGGCCGGGGGUACGGCGAAAUACGCAGCAGCAGCAGCAGCAACGGAGGUCUCAGCGCCGUGGAUGGCCCUUCCGAGGAAGGCAGCACAGGCAACAGGAGACCCGGCGGCUGCAACCGCAGAGAUUAUCAUCGUCGCAGCAGAAGCUUGCCAUCGAGGUCUAGGGGGGUGACGCGGAGCGGUCUUUCCGAGGGGGCGGGGGGGCGCACGGGAGCGGUGGGGACGCCGUCGUACGCGGAGAGGCUCUACCGCGGACAUGACGAACAACAACAAGUUUGGGCGAGAAGGCGGCAAGAGAGGGCCAGACUGGAGCUAAAGGGCUGCACGUUUCGACCAACGCUGGACCAGAACAGCCAGAAUCUCGGUCGUGCAGGCCGGACAUACCUGGGUGAAGGUCAGAACGGAGGAGCACGGCGGCGGAGCUCAUCCGCGGUGAGGUGGAAGCGAACGACACCACAGGAGGAGGAGAAGGAGGAGGAGGAGGCGUCGGGAAGGGAGGGGGGCAUGGCGGCGGCGGCGGCGGCGGCGGCGGCUCACGAGAGGCUCUAUCAGGCGGCGGAGCACGUCAGGGCGAGGAGGAGAGAGGAAGUCGCGGAGAGGCGGAAGGCGGAGACCGUGGGGUGUACGUUUCAGCCGGAGGUGAAUCACGCCCCCGCCGCGUCCUGCGCUGCUGCGUUCCAGGGGCGAGGGAGGUCAACAUACUCCGGGGGCACCGCUAAACGCAACGGCGGCGACCGCCGCGGCGUGAGGAGCGGGAGCGUCAACAGCAACAACGGCUGCAGAAACACCAGCAGGGACAACGGCAGCAGCGUUUUCGACAGGUUAGUAGCGGCCGGCGAAGAGGCGAAGCAAAGGAAAGCCAUGCUCGGGAAGAUGACCCCCCCAGGGUGCACCUUUCGGCCCCAGGUCAACGUGCAUGGGAACGGCAAACGUCCACCAGGGCAUGCUAGCAACAGCGCCGGGUCAACGCAGAACGGCGGCGGCACCUUCGCCGCACAAUCUCAGCCGCACCCGCAACACCCACCCCCCUCUUCCUACGGCGGAGCCCCCCGAUCGGAAGAGAACGUCUCAAACUUCCCCCCCCCGCCUCCACCGCAAACCGGUUCCUACCACAGCAAUCCUGGGAAUGAUGGAUACGGAAAGGACGGAAACCGCCCCCCCCCUCCGAGAAGGCCAUCUGCCGGUGCCCCGGGCGGUAGCGGCGACUGGGCGGUCACCCAAAAAGGUCGCCGCAGCGAUGAGGGCAGCGUCGCUGGUAUCUCCGACACCGCCGCGCACCACGCCGCCGACAAGAACUUUCUCCGCGAGCUCGCGGCUGCCGCUAGCACUGCUGCUGCCUCUGCCGCUGACGCCGUUCCCGUGGCGGAAGUCGACGAGGAGGGCGCCAGGAUCCCGUACCGAGAAUCGAGGUUUUCUCCGAGAAGAAGGCGCCGCAAGCAGGGGGGGGGGUACGACGGCAACGGCAACGACGGCCAUGGUGGCGGCGAAAGUGGGCGCGAAUCGCCGGCGUGUGAGAGGCUGUUCGAGCUGGGCCAUCGCCAGCAGAGGAAGAGGAACGACUCCCCUCGGGACACACCGCAGUCCCAGCGGGAGAGGGACGAGCUAGAGGAGCUCAAGCUGUGCACCUUCUCCCCCGUCUUGUUCACCAAGGCCUACCGCCGUCCCCGCCCAAGACUUGCGACGGGGGCGCCGUCAAACAGGAUGGAGGCCACCGGGUACGUUCAACUUCUUCCUUCCCGAGGAUUUGCGUCGUCGGGAGUCGGACAAGCGACGCCCUUGGAAUCCCUGAAAGACGCUUGCAGCUCUUGGGGCAAUGAAUGCUAGAUUCAAGGCACGUUUUAACCCCUUUGGGUCUAGGCUGGACUGUCAGAUUUGUUUUUUGCGCCAACUUGGCGCCAAAAAAAAAAAAUGAGAGCGAGAGCGAGCGGGAGAGAGAGAAGUGCAGAGAAAGAGACCAGUGUACUUCUGCACACGCAACAGCUAUCUCCACCUGUAGGCCAUGAGAGAAGCCGGCGACAGGGUGGUGGCCACAGACAGGGUCGUAGAAGGGUUGGUGGGUGGUCGCGCUGCGGUCAGUAGGGCAGGUUAGCUGUGUAGCCUUUGAAAAUGAUCAGUCGUCUAGCUGCCUCAACUUAGUCUAUUUUUCGGUAUAUUGUAAAUGAUCAGUCCAGAGAGGGCAAAAUG